UCUACAAUACUGCGUCAAACUCGAUCAAAUUUGAUACCAACGAUGUGCUCAUCUAGGCGAUCCUCAGAGACUGUUUUUCCUCCCUUUGAUCCAACUGUAUUGCUGAACGGUAGCUUAGAGGGUGUAGAAAAUGGCCUGUAACGAGCUUGAUCGCGGGCAUCCUGGGCUUGCGGGCAUCCUCCUGGCCAACGUGGGCAUCCUGGCCAACGUAGGCAUCCUGGGUUGGCGGGCAUCUUCCUGGGUUUGCGGGCAUCCUGGCCAACGCGGGCAUCUUCCUAGGUUUGCGGGCAUCCUGGCCAACGCGGGCAUCUUCCUGGGUUCGCGGGCAUCCUGGCCAACGCGGGCAUCUUCCUGGGUUCGCGGGCAUCCUGGCCAACGCGGGCAUCUUCCUGGGUUCGCGGGCAUCCUGGCCAACACGGGCAUCUUCCUAGGCUUGCGGCCAUCCUCCUGGCCAACGUAGGCAUCCUGGGCACCGUUAGAAGCGUAUAAUCUAGUGAUUUAGGAGCAACUUACGGAUCGCUAAAAUACCCAGUUUUGAUGGUGUUGUAGCUGUCGGCGCAAUUCGCCCUGCUCCUUGCGUGCCCUGACUAGGCCAAAUCACGACCUUUGCACUCAGACCAGUUUGGGCUCAAAUUGCGAUGGGCGCUCUGAUUGGCCACAGGCAGUGUAGUGAGGCAGUGGUGCAG